AUGGACGAGCAAGCGGGUCCCGGCGUCUUCUUCAGCAACAACCACCCGGCCGCCGGUGGUGCCAAGGGUCUCGGGCCUCUGGCGGAGGCUGCCGCGGCCGGCGACGGGGCGGCUGCAGCGGGGGCGGCCCGAGCCCAAUACAGCCUCCCGGGGAUUCUGCAUUUCCUGCAGCAUGAGUGGGCCCGCUUCGAGGUCGAGAGAGCCCAGUGGGAAGUGGAGCGGGCGGAGCUGCAGGCUCAGAUUGCCUUUCUUCAGGGGGAAAGGAAAGGUCAAGAAAACUUGAAGAAGGAUCUUGUGAGAAGAAUCAAAAUGCUGGAAUAUGCUCUUAAACAAGAAAGAGCCAAAUACCACAAGUUGAAAUAUGGGACAGAAUUGAAUCAGGGAGAUAUGAAGCCUCCAAGCUAUGAUUCUGAUGAAGGUAAUGAAACAGAGGUACAGCCACAACAAAACAGCCAGUUAAUGUGGAAGCAAGGUCGGCAACUACUCAGACAGUAUCUACAGGAGGUGGGUUACACAGAUACUAUUUUAGAUGUGAAAUCCAAACGAGUGCGAGCUUUGUUGGGCAUUUCAAGUGAUGUCACUGACAGGGAAGAUGACAAAAAUCAGGACUCAGUUAUAAAUGGCACAGAAGCUGAAGUUAAAGAGACAGCAAUGAUUGGAAAAUCCGAGUUAACAGAUUCUGCCUCCGUGCUGGAUAAUUUUAAAUUCCUUGAAAGUGCAGCUGCAGAUUUCAGUGAUGAAGAUGAAGAUGAUGACAUUGAUGGAAGAGAGAAAAGCAUCAUUGAUACUUCAACAAUUGUUAGGAAGAAAGUAUUGCCCGAUAGCAGUGAAGAUCGAGAUACAAAAGAAGCUCUAAAGGAGUUUGACUUCUUGGUUACAUCAGAAGAAGGAGACAGUGACUCCAGAAGCGCAGGCGAUGGGACAGACUGGGAAAAGGAAGACCAGUGUCUCAUGCCUGAAGCUUGGAAUGUGGACCAGGGAGUAAUUACCAAACUCAAGGAACAAUACAAAAAGGAGAGAAAGGGGAAAAAGGGGGUGAAGAGGCCCAAUAGGUCAAAACUACAAGAUAUGCUUGCUAAUUUGAGAGAUGUUGAUGAACUUCCCUCCUUGCAGCCAUCUGUGGGUUCACCUUCCAGACCCAGCAGCUCCAGGCUUCCUGAACAUGAAAUAAAUAGGGCAGAUGAAGUGGAAGCACUGACAUUUCCUCCUUCUUCUGGGAAGUCGUUCAUCAUGGGAGCAGAUGAAGCACUUGAAAGUGAAUUGGGACUUGGAGAAUUGGCAGGCCUUACAGUGGCCAAUGAAGCAGAUUCAUUAACUUAUGAUAUAGCAAACAAUAAAGAUGCAUUGAGGAAGACAUGGAACCCCAAGUUUACAUUAAGAAGUCACUUUGAUGGCAUUAGAGCCCUCGCUUUCCACCCCACUGAGCCUGUUUUGAUAACAGCAUCAGAGGAUCACACGUUAAAAAUGUGGAAUUUGCAGAAAACAGCCCCAGCCAAAAAGAGCACGUCUCUUGAUGUGGAGCCUAUCUAUACAUUCAGAGCUCAUAAAGGCCCCGUGCUUUGUGUGGUGAUGAGCAGCAGUGGUGAGCAGUGCUACAGUGGUGGUGCUGAUGGCCUGAUCCAGAGCUGGAACACCACCAACCCCAAUGUCGAUCCCUAUGACUCCUAUGAUCCUUCUGUCUUAAGAGGCCCUCUCUUGGGCCACACGGAUGCAGUCUGGGGCUUGGCCUACAGUGCAGCGCACCAGCGUUUGUUGUCCUGUUCAGCAGAUGGCACUCUCCGUUUGUGGAAUACCACUGAGGUUGCUCCAGCCUUGAGUGUGUUUAAUGAUAACCAAGAGUUGGGAGUCCCUGCCUCUGUGGAUCUGGUGAGCAGUGACCCAAGCCAUAUGGUAGCAUCAUUCAGCAAGGGAUACACAAGCAUCUUUAACAUGGAAACACAGCAACGCAUUCUCACUUUAGAAUCCAACCUAGAUUCAACAGCCAACUCUUCCUGCCAAAUAAAUAGAGUCAUCAGUCACCCCACUCUUCCCAUCAGCAUCACUGCUCAUGAAGACAGGCACAUCAAAUUCUAUGAUAACAAUACAGGCAAACUGAUCCACUCGAUGGUAGCCCACCUAGAAGCCGUUACAAGUUUAGCAGUUGAUCCAAAUGGCCUGUACUUAAUGUCUGGCAGUCAUGACUGUUCAAUACGUUUAUGGAACCUAGAAAGUAAGACGUGUAUCCAAGAGUUCACGGCUCAUCGGAAAAAGUUUGAAGAAUCAAUUCAUGAUGUAGCUUUCCACCCAUCCAAAUGCUAUAUAGCCAGUGCUGGGGCGGAUGCACUGGCUAAAGUCUUUGUAUGA